CUUGCCAUCUUCAUCUUCAUGUCGACGAGUGAGGGGAAGAUCAUCGACCUGGAGCAGGGAUGGGACUUCAUGCAGAAGGGCAUCACCAAGCUCAAGAAUAUUCUAGAAGGCUUGCCUGAACCUCACUUCAGCUCCGAGGACAACAUCAUGCUUUACACAACCAUCUAUACCAUGUGCACCCAAAAGCCUCCUCAUGACUAUUCCCAACAACUCUAUGACAAGUACAAGGAGGUAUUUGAAGAGUACAUCCAAUCAACAGUAUUACCUUCUUUGAGAGAGAAGCAUGAUGAAUUUAUGUUGAGAGAACUUGUAAAGAGGUGGGCAAACCAUAAAAUUAUGGUUGGUUGGCUUUGUUGUUUCUUUCGCUAUUUGGAAACCUCCAUUGUUGCCUGGAGGUCACUCCCACCCCUUAAUGAAGUUGGCUUAACUUGCUUCUAUGAUUGGGUUUACAAGGAGCUAAAUGGGAAAGUUAGAGAUGCAGUUAUUUCUAUUAUUGAUCAAGAACGUGAAGGAGAGCAGAUUGAUCGGACUUUAUUAAAGAAUGUAUUAGACAUAUUUGUUGAAAUUGGGAUGGGGAAAAUGGAUCACUAUGAGAAUGAUUUUGAAUCUGCAAUGCUUAAAGACACCUCUGCUUAUUACUCUCAAAAGGCUUCUAAUUGGAUCCUAGAAGAUUCUUGUCCUGAUUACAUGCUCAAGGUUGAGGAGUGCUUAAAACGUGAGAAAGAUAGAGUUGCUCAAUAUUUGCACUCCAGUAGCGAGCCAAAGUUGUUAGAGAAAGUUCAACAUGAGCUGCUAUCCGUGUACGCAAACCAACUCCUCCAGAAAGAGCACUCUGGAUGUCAUGCUUUGCUUAGAGAUGGCAAAGUUGAAGAUCUGUCACGGAUGUUCAGGCUAUUUUCUAAAAUACCUGAAGGCUUAGAUCCUGUUUCCAGUAUAUUUAAGCAGCAUGUUAUCACUGAAGGUAUCGUAUUGGUUAAGCAGGCUGAAGAUGCAGCUAGUACCAAAAUGGAUUUUGUCCAGAAAGUGAUUGAGCUGCAUGACAAGUACCUGUCAUAUGUAAAUGACUGUUUCCAGAAUCAUACUCUCUUCCACAGGGCUCUGAAGGAGUCUUUUGAGGUCUUUUGCAAUAAAGUUGUUGCUGGGAGCUGGAGCACUGAACUGCUUGCCACAUUCUCUGAUGCCAACAUUCUUAUAGCUAGUAGGUCUUGUUUAAAAGAUUGUGAAGGAAGUGGAAGUGAACCAAUUAGGGUAUUGUUCUUUGAGGGAUGCCAAAGUCAACUCUGCCGAGACUGCCAACGCCGAGCUCACCACGGAGGCCAAACUGGAAUCGGCGAAGGCGGAUAACCAGAAACUUAGGGAUCUGGUCAAGUUGGCUAACCAGGAGAAGGAGGCCUUGGCUGAUAAGAGCAAGGCUGGAGGUGGAGGUCAAGAAGCUCAGGGAGGAGAAACUUAAGCUUGAGAAAGUUGGUUUGGGCGCCCUUCUGGCCAAGCGGUUGCCAACUUGAAAGCCCAAAUUCAACUGCCGGGUGCCCGGCUUCGACCCUGGGAAGCUCGUCAUUCAUGGGGAUGUUGUCCCCCCAGCGGACAAAAUUGAAUAAAAUUAAACAUUAGAGAUAUUCUUAAAAAAAUUCACAAACAUUAGGAAGAAAAAACAUUUUUUACCCUUUAUGUGUCAUAUAUCCUUGAGACUUUGGGAUGUUCCCAACAAGAAAUUAUGGAU